AUGAACGUCCUCAAGCUGCAGAGGAAAUUUCCUCAAUUCCAGCAAAAUGACAUCUUCUCACUCGCCGACGCUUUUCGCAAGCUCGAUGUCGACGACAAGGGGUACAUUGACGAGGCGACUGCCAUCAAGGCCACGCAAGCGAGUGAGCGCCAACCCUACGACGUGGUCCGUCAGGCCCUGAAGGAAGUUGAACUUGAUUCCUCCCGGCGAGUUGAGCUAGAAGACUAUGUUGGGCUUAUCGCCAAGCUCCGCGACUCUCCUGCUGGCUCCCAGAAGGUUGCCGCUGCCGCGGCAUCCACCCCAGCAGCCGUCAUCUCCCAGCGGACAGGCGGCGGCCACGCUUCCAAACCCAGCAUCGGCAGCAGCGGCAAAAUCUUCGUGCAAGGUUCGAACUCUAACAUCACUCACACCAUCAACGAGGAUGAACGCACCGAGUUCACCCGCCACAUCAACGCAGUGCUCGCGGGCGACCCGGAUAUUGGCAAUCGGUUGCCAUUUCCCACAGACACUUUCGAGAUGUUCGACGAGUGCAAGGAUGGUCUGGUCCUGGCGAAGCUCAUCAACGACAGUGUCCCCGACACCAUCGACGAGCGUGUGCUGAACCUGCCAGGGAAGAAGGGCAAGACGCUCAAUGCGUUCCAGAUGACCGAAAACAACAACAUCGUCAUCGAGUCGGCGAAGGGUAUCGGUUGUUCGGUAGUCAACAUUGGCAGCGGGGAUAUCAUCGAGGUCCGGGAGCAUCUCAUUCUCGGCCUCAUCUGGCAAAUCAUCCGCCGCGGUCUGCUAGGCAAGAUCGACAUCAAGCUGCACCCCGAGCUCUACCGUCUGCUUGAGGAGGACGAGACGCUCGAGCAGUUCCUGCGGCUCCCGCCAGAGCAGAUUCUUCUCCGGUGGUUCAACUACCACCUCAAGGCCGCCAACUGGCCGAGGAGAGUGCAGAACUUCUCGACCGACGUGAAGGACGGCGAGAACUACACGGUGCUGCUGGCGCAGAUCGGCCACGAGUACGGCUGCACUCGUGCCCCGUUGCAGACCCGGGAUCUGCACCAGCGGGCAGAGGAAGUGCUCCAGAAUGCUGACAGGCUAGGGUGCCGCAAGUUCCUCACUCCCUCCUCGCUCGUCGCCGGCAACCCCAAGCUCAACCUCGCCUUUGUUGCCAAUCUCUUCAACACACAUCCCGCUCUCGACCCCAUCACCGAGGAGGAGAAGAUCGAAGUGGAGGACUUUGACGCCGAGGGCGAACGCGAGGCCCGCGUGUUCACCCUGUGGCUCAACAGCUUGGAUGUGCAGCCGGCCGUCCAGUCCUUCUUCGACGACCUCCGCGACGGCACCAUUCUGAUGCAGGCUUACGACAAGGUGAUCGACGGGUCGGUUAACUGGCGGUGCGUCAACAAGCGGCCGGCGGGAGGAGGCGAGAUGUCGCGGUUCAAGGCGGUCGAGAACACCAAUUACGCCAUUGAGCUCGGCAAGCAAAACGGCUUCUCGCUGGUCGGCAUUCAGGGCGCCGACAUCACGGACGGGCAGCGGAAGCUCACCCUAGCCCUCGUGUGGCAGCUGAUGCGCAAAGACAUCACGCUGACGCUCAAGGGCCUGGCGCAACGCCUCGGCAAGCGCGAGAUUACGGACGCUGAGAUGAUCCGGUGGGCCAACGACAUGAGCCGCAAGGGGGGCCGCAACUCGAGCAUCCGCUCUUUCAAGGACCCGGCCAUCGGCACGGGCGUUUUCUUGUUGGAUGUGCUCAACGGCAUGAAGAGCAGUUAUGUUGACUACGACCUGGUUACAGCCGGCAACACGGACGAGGAGGCGUACCUAAAUGCCAAGCUCAGCAUCAGCAUUGCGAGAAAGAUGGGCGCCACCAUCUGGCUGGUGCCGGAGGAUAUCUGCCAAGUCCGCAGCCGCCUGGUGACGACGUUUAUUGGAUCGUUGAUGGCGACGUACGAGAAGAUGCAGUAG